GAUAAACAGGAAGUUGGGCAGCAAUCACCUGGACCAAAGGCCUCCGUCUUCUGGCAGGACAGCUGGUCAGGAUAGACGCACAGCCGCGGCAGGCAGCAGGUGCCCAGGGACGGCGUCAUGUGGGCCAGCUGGUGGCUCUGGCCCCUGGUGGCUGUCUGCACUGCAGACCAGUUCCGGGACAACGCGGUGAGACUCAUGCAGAGCACGCCUGUCAUCGACGGGCACAAUGACCUGCCCUGGCAGCUGCUGAACAAGUUCAACAAUCAGCUUCAGGACCCGAGGGCCAACCUGACCAGCCUGAACGGCACGCACACCAACAUCCCCAAGCUGAAGGCUGGCUUUGUGGGGGCCCAGUUCUGGUCUGCGUACACGCCCUGCGACACCCAGAACAAGGAUUCGGUGAAGCGGACGCUGGAGCAGAUUGACGUCAUCCAGCGCAUGUGCCAGCUCUACCCGGAGACCUUCUUGUGUGUCACGGACAGCGCAGGCAUCCGGCAGGCCUUUCAGGAGGGGAAGGUGGCCAGUCUGGUUGGCGUGGAGGGCGGCCACUCCAUCGACAGCAGCCUGGGUGUCCUGCGGGCGCUCUACCACCUGGGCAUGCGCUACCUGACUCUCACCCACAGCUGCAACACGCCCUGGGCCGACAACUGGCUGGUGGACACAGGAGAGGACGAAGCCCAGAGUCAAGGCCUCUCAUCCUUUGGGCAGAGCGUCGUGAAGGAGAUGAACCGGCUGGGCGUCAUCAUCGACUUGGCCCACGUAUCCGUGGCCACCAUGGAGGCCGCUCUGCAGCUGUCCAAGGCCCCGGUCGUCUUCAGCCACUCCUCGGCCUACAGCGUGUGCCACCACCAUCGCAACGUGCCGGACCACGUGCUGCAGCUGGUGAAGCAGACGGGCAGCCUGGUGAUGGUGAACUUCUACAAUGACUACGUUUCCUGCAAAGCGGAGGCCAACUUGUCCCAAGUGGCAGACCACCUGGACUACAUCAAGAAGGUUGCAGGAGCUGGAGCCGUGGGCUUUGGUGGGGACUACGAUGGCGUGUCCAGGCUCCCCUCCGGGCUGGAGGAUGUGUCCAAGUAUCCAGACCUGGUCGCUGAGCUGCUCAGGAGACAGUGGACGGAGGCGGAGGUCAGGGGUGCCCUGGCUGAAAACCUGCUGAGGGUCUUCGAGGCUGUGGAGCAGGUUAGUGAUCACAAGCAGGCUCCUGGAGAGGAGCCCAUCCCACUGGGCCAGCUGGAGGCUUCCUGCAGGACCAAGUACGGCUACUCAGCGGCUCCCAUCCUCCACCUCCAGCCAGGGGCCCUGCUGGCCUCCCUUGUGACCCUCCUCCUCAGCCUGUAUCUUCUCUGACACUCUGGGGGCUGGAAUGGCUGUGAUUCCCUGCCCAAUCCUGGGCGGGCUGCAGGGCUCCUGGGCAGUAGAAUAAACAGGCACAGCUGGACCCUCAAUAAAGGCACCAAGCCUUCAA